AUGGGUGGUGCCAACAAGGAUUUCACCACGUUCCUAUCCGCUACGCUUCACCGAAGCGCCUCGAGAGAAGCCGCGUACGCAAUUGCGCAGCAUGAAAAUUGUCCUCAAUGGCAACGGAUCUGCUCAAUAUUCUAUAUCCCUGUCUUAGCUGGAAAGAUCACUUUUCUAUUUCCUGAGUACUCAAAAUGGCUGGAUUCUUAA